UGCGCCGUUUUGGCGCCCGCCACUGAUACGGUCUGCACUACGUUUGUGUCACAAGUUGUUUCAGAUAGUUUUGUUGCACGCUUCUCCUUCACCCAGCCUUGAGAUCGGGAGGGUCUAAGGCACUCGCCCAAGGUGCCAUGGCGGCAUCAGCGGGCCCCUCAAGACAUCAAGAAGGGAGGGGUCGCUCCCCCCCUGGUCAUGCAGACGUACCUCUAUCGGAUGAAGACCGGAUGCGACUCCUCAUCUCCAAGUGCUACGAUGACGGAGUAUUGCUGGAAAAAUUCUGUCACGGCGAAUGGGUGUUGGAGGAGGGCGUUCGUACUUUCGUAGUCAAUACUCGUUUGGACGAAUUGACUACGAACUGGCUAAAGGAAAGGACAGUUACUAUUAUUUUUCAAGGAGAAGCCAGGGAUCUCCCGAUGAGAGUCAGAGAAGACCUCAUAAGAGCUUAUGAGAAUGGUUGGUACCGGCAAGGAAUCUUCGACCGGAGCACGAAGAGAGGAAGAGUCCACGCAGAGGGGCCUAAUGUAGUUUCCUAUGUAGCACGAUCGAAGGAGAUAACGCAAUGGAUGGUGGCAAAGGCGCAGGAUGUCGUCUCAAUCAGGGGAGUUGACUACGGUAUGCUGUUCAAACCUUGGCUGACUCGAGUCGAGUUGCAGGAACGAAGGCGGCUGGAUGAUGAAACCAAAUUCUGGGUGAUGGCCAUCAGGGUUCCCUUGAGAGCGAUGUUUCAUGUUGAAAGCAUGGUGGAGACGGCCAUGGGUCAUGUAAUCAACAGUCAUCCGCCUGAGCAGGACCGGACGCGACCGAAGCUUAUGAAUCUCAAGUUUGAAUUGGUGAAGGAGGCAGAGGACAGUUUCGAACCGGAGCUGCUGAUCAGGUUGGGGCAAGAGGUGCUGCGAAUUAAAUUUGUUUGUAAGCACACGCCAUGGUGUGAACGCUGCAAAUGGUGGUUCCUCACGGCUGAAGAUGGUUGCCCCAGAGUGGAUGAAGAGCAGUCGGGGGACUCGGGCGGUAGACAACGCAAUACGGGGCAGCCUUCGGAUAGAUCGCAGAGACUAGAAGUAAAUCGUUUUAUUAGAACGGCGGUGAGACAGGCUAUACCCUCGAAUGUUGGCAGGGGCCAGCCGCUCCGUUCAGAUCCGGCAGCGGAACCAAUCAGGGCAGCAUCUUCUGGAACCGCGGUGAGAAGACAAGGAGCACAACAGUUAGGGGGUGGACCUGGCUCGGAGCAAUCCGUCAACAGAAGUCAUCUGCAGCCUCUGGCGAGAACCUCAAGACAGAGUUCUUCUCAAGAUGUUAGGGCUCCAACUAUGGCUGCGAGACCGCCGGCUUCAAGUAGGUCGCAGGGUUACCAGGCAACGGCCUCAACGCAAGGUCACAUGCAUUUGGCGAAUGGUUUCCAGCCAUAUAUUCCACGAUGGGGACAGACUCACUGGCAAGGAUAUGGCUUCCAACCUUUCGGAGUCAACCCCGCGGACCUUGGCUUGCAAUUCCAGACUCCAUAUGGGAUGGGUCAGCCUCUAUUUUAUGGUCCAAAUUUCAACGAUCCGAGCUACGGCAUCCCGAAUCGGAUCGGACAGCCGUCCCUUCCAGGAUCGGGAUACGGAACUGGAUCACGGGACUCAACGGAGAGAAGGCGAGCUACGCGAGGUUCUCCGGAACAUCAGCAAGCGGUCUCCCGUCCGCCUCCCCCAAAGCAGCAGGCCACACAGAUUGACGAGGACCCAGAGGUUUCAGGUGAGGAAUCGGAGGGACACGGAGGCUCAGCAAGGCUGUCUCCCACUAGGUCGGAGGUGGAAGUCACACGGGGUAUGAUUCCCGAUGAGUAUGUGGCUCACGGGCGAGCGGUGAGAGAGCGUGAAGAACAUAUGUUACUUCCCUUGGUCUGCACGCUUCAAGAUGCCACUAUUCAAGUAGUUGGUCUUUUGAAUCAGGAGGGAAAUUUGUCGCUCCCAACAGUCACCCUAACAGAGCUUCCGAUGCCGUCGAUGAUUAUGGAUAAUGUGAGAUUCCUGUUUGCAGACCGUUUCCCUUUCAAAAUUUUUCAGGAGUUCUAUAUGCCGAAGAUUAGGGUCGUCAUGGAGGAUGAUAGUAUUAUUUACUACAUGGUAGUUUUUAUUGACGCACGGUUUACUUCGGCGCAAUGGGAGGGAUUGGGUCUAGUGGGGCUGGGAACCUUCCCUCUUGAGGCCUUGAUUGAAGCCUCGGACGAGACUCUCUCUCAAAUUCUAGUCGGUCCAGUCAAGGACCGGGUGAUGGACGUGGAAGUCUUAAAUGCCCCUCUGUCUGACCACAAGCCGGUGGUAAUGAAAUGCUCGCUGGCAGAAGUGGAAGAAAGGGGCCCAGGGUACUUUCGCCUGAACACCUCAUUGCUAGCUGAUGAAGGAAUCAAGGAUUGGGUGGCAGGGUUUUGGGCAGACUGGAAAGCUGCCAGCUCGAACUUCGAAAGUACAGCUGAGUGGAUAGAUGCAGGUUUGAGGGUUAUCUCCCUGAAGCUGGACUGCUUUUCUCGGAUCUCGGCCUUUAUUCGUAAUAAGGAAGAAUCGGGCCUGAAGCAACGGGUGACUGAGGCGGAAGGAAGGCUGGGAGUCAAUCCAAUUUCAGACCUCUUUUGGUCUGAAGAAAGAGCUCGAAGACUGCAUGACUGGGAGGAACAUCAGGUCAAGCAGGAAAGGUGGAGGGCUAAGGUACUGGAAGUCAAGGGUAUCAUUUCCUCAGAUCGUCUGUCCAAAGACGCCUUUAAGCGGCUGCUUUCCCGCUACACUGCUGUUCAGAUGAAGGAGCUGCAACAUCCGUACUUGCUGGGCAAACCAAUCGCUGCAGACAAUAAGGCUAUGUGUAACUACGCAGCUGACUAUUUCCAGGACAUUCUAACAACGAGGAGGCCUUUCGACAGCCUAGACGACAAUAUGGCUUUAAACUCCACUGUCUGGAACAAUGUGCACUGCAUGCUCCCACUGGAGGGCAGGCUGUUAAUAGACAGGCCUGUUACGGCGGAAGAGCUCACUGAGACUCUUAAGUGCAUGGCUCGGGGCAAAGCCCCCGGAGAUGAUGGUUUACCAGUUGAGUUUUUUGCAGCCUGCUGGGAGGUCCUGGUGGGCGAUCUGGUCCAUCUUUUCAACAAAAUCAGACAGGGUGGGAGACUUGGGAGGACUAUGACAAGAGGAAUUAUCUCCCUGCUGUUCAAGAAGGGGGAUCGCAGCGACAUCAGAAACUGGCGGCCGAUCUCCCUCUUGAACGUGGUCUACAAACUGUUGGCCAAACUGUUGUCAAGACGGCUAGGGGACUACCUUCCGGGCCUGGUGCAGAGAGACCAAGGCGCCUUUGUGAGAGGAAGAUCGAUCUUUGAAAAUGUGGUAACAGCCAUUGAGGCCUUAGAACUGAUUGAAAGAGAAGAACUGGAUGUGACUGUUCUCCUGCUGGAUCUUGAAAAAGCCUUCGACCGCGUAAAUUGGACCUUUGUCUUGACCACUUUGAGGGUUAUGGGUUUUGGAGAAUGUUUCUGCAAUUGGGUAAAAGUCAUGUACGGACAUGCAACUGCUGCCGUCUGCGUCAACUGUAUGAUCUCAGAGGAGUUCGACCUGAGAAGAUCAUUGCGCCAGGGCUGCCCUCUGGCUCCGCUCCUUUUUGUACUGCACUUAGAGCCACUCUUGUGCAAUAUCCGCUGCCAUCCUGAUAUAAGAGGUCUUGACCGGUUAAGAGGCGGAGACAGCCGGGUCAAAGCAUUGGCUGACGACCUCUUCGUCAUCUCCGUUAAUCAGGUGGAUUCCCUCGAUGCGUUGAAAGGCUGUCUCUCGGAGUUCGCACGACUAUCGGAAGCCGCGGUUAACUGGAGGAAGUCGACAUACUUUCUACCAAGACGGUAUGCCCCGGCAGUGCAAUGGGGAAUGAGCAGGGCGGCUGCGGAGGAAGCGGAGCGUUUUCUGGGGGUUCAGAUCGCUUUGGGUGAUUGUACCGCGUUGCAAGAGAAAAUCCUGCAGGAGAAAGUCCGUAAACGAAUUUUGAGUUGGGGCCCUGCAUUUCGCCUCUCUUUGAUUGGCAGAGUCCUGGCAGUCAUGGCUUCUGCCUUUGCCCUUCUCUGGUAUGUGGCCACAAUCAGAAGGAUGUCGCCUCCUAUGUUAAAAGCUGUGAAAGGAUAUGCUCGCAGAUUCAUCUGGAAGCCGGGGAGCGACCAGGACAAGGGAUAUAUUUGUAAGGUUGCCUGGGACACGUUGUGCAGACCCCGUAGUGAAGGGGGAUUGUCCUUGCUAGACCCAGCCUCACAAAACACAGCCCUGCUUGCCAGAUGGGUCAUUAAAGUCGCAGAGGCUGAGGACGGGACAGAUUGGGUUUUGCUGGCGGAAACACUGCUUUCGAAGGAAUGGGGGCUGAUGCGCCCAUCAGACACUUGGGUGGCCAUUAUGACCGAAACCUUUGCGAGCAAGCGUCCUAAGUCGAAGCUCUGGAAGGAAGUGUUACAAGCCUGGAAGAGUUGCAGACCUUCGUUGACUAGAGCCCCAAGAUCUAAGGACGAGGUUUGCUCACAGCACCUGUUUGAGAACACUCAUAUUAUAGGUAUCGAUGGUGAUUGGUUCUCAUUGCAAAGGCGCCCAGGUAAUUUCGGCUUGAGCUGGUUGCAAAAAGGGCUUUCAAAGGUGGGAGACCUGUGGGACAGGCAAUGCAACAGAUGGAAAUCCCCAGCUCAGCUUAAGGACAUUCUGGGUCAGCUUCCAGACCAGGUAGCGCGUUUUCGACUGUUGCUCGAAGCCAUCCCUGAAGACUGGAAACGGCUUCUGGGCCCCGAAGGAACGGACCCACCAGGCACUUGGUACACCACCACCUUUGACGGAGCGGAGCAGUUUUGCAGAUUAGAAAGCUGGACGGAGGACAACACCAGGAAAUGCUGGCUCGAGACGUACAGUCGCACUCACCCGAACCUUCACACCCUGUUGAGAGACGGGAUUCGCCAGCAAUAUGGACUGGCUGAGUUGAGGGAGGUCAGAGUGAGGAUGAUUCCUCCCAGCGAAGAGGGCUCCCCUUUAAUCCCGGUACUUGUUGGGAAUGGGACCACGCUGCGCUGUUUGAGGAUUGACCCAGAGGUGUGGGGCUGGCAAGUGGAAGACUUGGUAAUCAUGGGCCUGAGUAAUUUAAAUGCCGCCCUGAUCUCAAAGAGAAAACAACAGUCGAUAUCGAUUGCCAGGAGAGUCUCCACCAGAUGGUCCCAGCGCAUUAACUACUUGGACUCCCCAUCGGAACCAGAGCUGUUCAGACUGUGGUCACAACUGCAAGAGCUCCCGUCCCAGAAAAUUGCUUCCUUGCUAUGGUUACAAUCUCAUUUGGCUGUUCCUACAGCACAAUGGCUGACAGAGAGGGGAGUGGAGGUAAGAAACAUCUGUGACAGAUGUCAGGAAGCGCCAGAGACAAUGCAACAUCUUUGGUGGGACUGUCAGAGAUCCAGGAAGUGGUGGAGAUGGUGGGAAUACCACUGGCAGCGUUUUGCAGGGAAAUCCGAUUUGGUGGGGCAGCGCUGGGUUCUCACGGGAAGCCUCCCCAGGAAUUAUCGGGUUUCAGAAGGCUGGGGGUAUAUUGCGCAGGUGGGCAGGGGUAUCAUGCUCUGGGUUAUCUGGCUUGACAGGAACAGUCUCAGGUUCCAGGGUAAGCUCAUGGAGGAGCAAGCAGCAGAAGCACUGUUCAAGAAGCUCCUGGCUGCCGCAAUUCAAGCAGAUUGGUCCCGCAAAGUUCAACAAGGGGAGCGUGUUCAGGGCAGAAGGUGGUUCUCCCAUACGUGGGGUCUGGGCUUGGCACACAUCUCGCCUGAGGGUAACCUUGUUCUGGGGAACUGGCUCAGCUGAGACACCGUAGUAGGGUGAACCAGGGCACUCGGUUCCAGUGGGCGGCCACAGUAGACCGCAUAAGGGAGGGUAAGUCGGUCCCUUGGAAUA